AUGGAUUUAGUGCAACGAACUUUACGAACGUCCAAUGCAUCAGGUGACGCGAACGAGACCAGCACACGGAUCCCAGCACCGCAUUCUCAAUGUGUGGCUGUUCUCAUAAUUGUUGUGGUCGUUAUCAUAAUUUUGUUGACAAUCGUGGGAAAUAUCCUGGUUGUUGUGGCAGUGUUCACCAGCCGUGCGCUUCGCGCUCCCCAAAACCUGUUUUUGGUUUCUCUGGCAUCCGCCGAUAUUUUAGUCGCUACCUUGGUUAUCCCCUUCUCUCUCGCAAAUGAAGUUAUGGGGUAUUGGUAUUUUGGCAGCACCUGGUGUGCGUUGUACCUGGCCCUGGAUGUGCUCUUCUGUACGUCAUCAAUUAUCCACCUCUGCGCAAUAAGUUUGGAUAGGUACUGGUCCGUCACCAAAGCCGUGAGAUACAACCUUAAGAGGACCCCAAGACGAAUCAAAUGUAUGAUCACGGUGGUAUGGGUCAUAUCUGCCGUCAUAUCUUUCCCACCCCUCAUCAUGACCGAACAUAAUGAAAUGGAAUGUUUGUUAAAUAACGAAACGUGGUAUAUCCUUUCAUCUUGCGUUGUCUCAUUCUUUGCGCCCGGUCUAAUAAUGAUUCUUGUGUACUGCAAAAUAUAUAGGGUUGCCAAACAACGUGCCGCCACUGUCUUUGUGGCUAAAAACUGUAUGGAGAGGCAGCCCUCACAAUCAGAGACAUUCUUUGUGCGAAAGGGCAAAGUCGAAGAGGACAUCCCCAGCGUCAGUCGCUGCAAAGUCAGUGACCAGCGUAGAGGGGAAUUGGAUGACAUCAAUCUGGAAGAGCACUAUGUCUCCAACAAUAAAUCAAAACCUUUUCGCUUUUCCAGCAGAAGAAAAGUGGAGGGAGCUAACGCGUGCCCGAAGAAAAACGGUCGUUUGUCUUGGGCUUCCCAGCGCAACUCUCACUUUCUGCAUGAGCCAAGGGCUAGACAGUUGUCCAUUUCCAAAAACAAAAUCGCCCAAAUGCGAGAGAAGCGUUUUACUUUCGUGCUUGCAGUGGUCAUGGGUGUGUUUGUGCUGUGCUGGUUUCCUUUCUUUUUUACUUACAGCCUGCAUGCAGUUUGCAGAGAAAGUUGCACGAUACCAGACUCUCUUUUCACACUGUUUUUCUGGAUUGGUUACUGCAACAGCUCUGUAAACCCCAUCAUUUAUACCAUUUUUAACCAUGACUUUCGAAAAGCCUUCAAAAAGAUCAUGUGCCACAGUAAGAGAGGGCCAUAACCUUUGUGGCAACUGAGAAGUAAUGAAGCAUUUUGACUGAAUAUUAUCCUGUAUGUCUGCAGCAAACACAUUUGAUCUUUUGAUAAAUAUGUAGUGUUGUUUUGAUUCGGCUAUGACAAACCAUCACAAAUUAUUGUCAGUUGUGCUCUAUUAUGUGUUGAAUAGCAGGUAAAAAUCAAUCCAUGGCCAUUAUUCAAUUUUGUCAAUGUCUGGAAUUAUGUCUUUGAAUUGACAGAAAAUUACACUUGGAAAGAAGCCCUCAGGAUUUUUAAUCUAUCAUGUGAAAUUCGUCAUUGAACCUCAUGUUGUAGCCUAAAUGAGGUCCAAAUCCUCGUGAAGGGGUUAUGUCUUUGUGAAGUAAAGAUACUGUCAGCAACAGAACAUAUUAGGCCUAUGUCCGUCUUCAGCGUAUAGUGUCCAGUAUGUGACUCAAUGUCCAUAGCACUUGUAAUGUGCUCACCUUCUCAGCCAUACUAUAGCAUAAUAGGAAAACACAUUUCAAAAUUGUAUUAUCAUUCACUGGGUGUUAGCCCUAUUGCGUGGUAUGCCACCGUGAGCAGUAUACAUUGUAUUUAAUUAAUUUAAAAGAAUAUUGUGCUUGUAUGAAACUAUUGUUGAUGUUGGAUUUGUCCUGUCUAGGCAACAUAAUGCAGUCUGCGGCUUUUGUUAUAAUAUUAGAAAUCAUGAAUGGCUUCUGAAUUAUGUUUCAGAAGUGAGAUAAUCUGU